AUGAAGGACUACAAUACCCGCAAGCCCUACCAGGGCACAACCCGCACCCUCGUCAUCGCCAUCGACGUCGGCACAACAUUCAGCGGCGUCUCCUACGCCAUCCUCGAGCCCAACGAGAUUCCAAAGAUAUACGGCGUCACCAGGUUCCCCGGCCAGGAGCAUGUCGCGGGCAACUCCAAGAUACCCUCCAUCAUGUACUACGACCGCACCGGCAAGCUCAUGGCUGCUGGUGCAGAGGCUGACUCGACCCAGAUAGCCGCUCUGGCGGAGGAGGAAGGAUGGACCAAGAUCGAGCUCUUCAAACUACGCCUCCGCCCGCGCACCAUGCACCUCAACAUGAACGGCAUGCGCCUCCCUCCCUUACCGCGGCACAAGUCCCCCGUCGACGUCUUCGGCGACUUUCUCGCCUACCUCUUCCAUUGCACCCGCGCCUUCAUCACCGACACCCACGCCGCCGGCGCAGCCUUGUGGAAGGCCCUCGAGCGCCCCGGCCUCCAGUUCGUGUUGUCCCACCCGAACGGCUGGGAGGGCGCGCAGCAGAGCAAGAUGCGGCGGGCGGCGGUGUACGGCGGGCUCAUCCCCGACACGGACGAGGGGCGGGCGCGGGUGCGGUUCGUGACGGAGGGCGAGGCGAGCUUGCAUGCGUGUGUGCUGAGCGGGCUCGCGGCCGAGGUGCUCUCGAACCCGUCGAAACACGGCUUUCUGGUGCUCGAUGCGGGCGGGGGCACGCUCGAUAUCAGCUCGUACGCUAUCCGCGCGACGAACCCGCUCGUGAUCGAGGAGAUCGCGCCCCCAGAUUGUCUCUUCGCAGGCUCGGUGUUCGUAAGCAGACGCGCGCGCAUGCAUCUCGAAGAAAAACUCCGCCCCUCGCGCUACGGCACGCCCGACAGCAUCGAACACAUCACCCGGCGCUUCGACGAGACCACGAAGCGCCUCUUCCGCGACCGCCGCGAGCUGCAGUUCGUGCCCUUUGGCUCGCCGCUCGACAAGGACGCUGCGGUCGGCAUCCGCGCGGGCCAGCUCAAGCUCGCCGGGGACGAGGUCGCCGCCUUUUUUGAGCCGUCGAUUGCGGCGGCGGUGGGGAGCAUUGGCGGGCAGGUGGAGGCGUCGGGGGGGAGGAUUAAGUCCGUGUGGCUCGUCGGCGGGUUCGCAGCGAGCCCGUGGCUCUUCACGCAGCUCCAGGAGCGUCUCGCGCCGUACAAGGUCACAGUCAACCGGCCCGACAGCCAGACCUCAAAAGCAGUCGCAGACGGCGCGCUCGGCUUCUACUGCGACCACCACGUGUCCGCGCGCGUCGCCAAGUUCAUGUACGGCGUCGAGUACCUGCGCGAGUACGACCCCGACGACCCGGACCACCAGGCGCGCCGCGAGCGCCUCUGCGAGCUCCCAAGCGGCCCGCGGCUCCUGCCCGACGCGUUCGACUGCAUUCUCGCCAGGGGCGUCAAAGUCAAAGAAUCAACAGUCUUCACCCGCAAAUACUGCACCGAGCUCACGAACCUCUCCACCCUCUCCGUGUUCGAGGUCGAGAUCUGGUGCUUCCGCGGCGGCAACCACAUCCCCAAGUGGAUCAUGCGCCACGCGGAACACUUCUCCACGCUCUGCGUCGUCCGCGCGGAUCUGUCCCCGCUCAGCGGCAGCGCGGAGCCCAAGCAGGGCAGAGGCGGGCGGGCGUACUGGACGAUUGUGUUCAGCGUCGAGAUUCACUUUGGGCUGACGGAGUUUCGGGCGCGGAUCAAGUGGAAUGAUAAUGUGCGUGGUGCAUAUAGCUUUAUAAUUGAAGAAGACUAA